AUGAAGAAAAAAAAAAGAUUUAAAAGAAUCGUUUUUCAAAUUACCAAAGGGAAUUUUUGGAUGGAUAUUAUGGAUAUUGACAACUAUGAAAUUAUUGAUACAACCAAUGUACUAUAAUUAAAUAUAAUUCAAGAAUAAUUUGAGACUUUUAAAAAGUAUAUUUGUAGUACUGGUGAAUAAAUUAUAUUUUUCACCUCAGAGUUAGUAAAAUCUGGAGGCUUUGUAGGAGCAAUUAGGGUAUUUUGGAUAUAUAUAACAUUUUAGCUUGUAUUUGGUUAUUCAGUGUUUUCUCUAAUCACUUUUGAUGUGCUUACGAUGAUGGAUGUUUUUGAAUGUUUCCUUCAUGCUUUGCGUUUGCAUUGGGUUGAAUUCUAAAGCAAAUUCUUUAAAGCAGAUGGCUAUGCCUUUUAGAAAUGCUCUUACUUUAAAGCGAUGGAAGAGAAUGUUGUUCUAAAUGUAUGA